UCAUUCUACAGUACCGAAGUCUCUAGUGAAGCAAAUGCGAAUGCGGUAAACUCAUCUCGCCAACUGUCAUCAGUCACAGCAAUAUCAAAUCGAAAAAUGGGUCGUCGUGGAGACACGAUGUUCAAGUAUGGGUCAGAAGAACUUGGAUGUUCUGAAGUAGGUGCUACGCGAGACCAAACUAAAGCAUUCUGUGACUGUUCAAUGAAGAUGCCGCUAGUUUUGAGGGACAUGUUGCUUUCGGUUACUUAUGAUUCGAGCCUUCUUCAUACAGCUCAUGUUAUUGGUUAUAGUAUUACAGGUAUGUAUGAUUUUUGUAUCAAUUUCAUGGAUAAAGAUGUCAGCCUAUAUACGAGCCAUCCACUAACUUGGGAAUAUUUUGAUGUAUUCAUUUAG